AUGCGGCCGAUGGAGCUACCACCCCACGCCGCCGUCCUCCGCCGCACUGCAAUUUGGCCGAUCCUCCUCUUCGCAGUAGCUCUAUCCUGCAUCUUCCUUUACAGAGCCGCCGACUUAAUGCCCUUCCGUCUCCCACGCGACCCUCACGUGUUCCCCAUCCUCACUGACGACGAUUCCUUCCCCUCGGAGGACCGUAGCCUCGAGAGAGUCCUUCAGGACGCCGCGAUGCCGGAUAAAUCGGUUAUACUGACGACCCUGAACGAGGCCUGGGCGAGCCCGAACUCCAUCCUCGAUCUCUUCCUUGAGAGCUUCAGAAUCGGUGAGCGAACUCGCCGUCUUCUGAACCAUUUGGUCAUCGUCGCGUUAGAUCGGAAGGCGUUCGUCCGUUGCCGGGCCGUACACUCCCAUUGCUUUGCCCUCGUCACCCCCGGGGCCGAUUUCUCGCGCGAGGCCUAUUUCAUGACGCCGGACUACCUGAACAUGAUGUGGCGGAGGAUCGAUUCCCUCCGAUCCGUCCUCGAGAUGGGGUACAGCUUCGUCUUCACCGACGCUGACGUCAUGUGGUUCCGGGACCCGUUCCCGGAAUUUCACCCGGACGCCGAUUUCCAGAUAGCGUGCGAUCACUUCUCGGGCUCAGCCGAAGAUGUAGUGAACAAUGUACCCAACGGAGGGUUUAAGUUUGUUAGGUCAAAUAGCCGAUCUGUAGAGUUUUACAAGUUUUGGUACGCUUCACACAGCACGUACCCAGGGCUGCACGAUCAGGAUGUUCUCAAGAGGAUUAAGAAUGACUCAUUUGUGAGGGACAUUGGGUUGAAGAUGAGGUUCUUGGAUACUGCCCUUUUUGGUGGUUUUUGUGAGCCAAGCCAGGAGCUCGACCGAGUUUGCACCAUGCACGCGAAUUGUUGUUUUGGGAUGGAUAACAAACUUCAUGACCUGAGGAUCUUGAUUGAGGACUGGAAGAGAUAUUUGUCCCUUCCCCCGAGAUUGAAACCUUUUGAGUCGUCUUGGAGAGUCCCGCAAAAUUGCAGUCUUGAUUCUCUACGCACGGAUGUACAUAACGCAGAUGAGGAUGAGACUCGUGUAGGCACGGCAGGUUUACCUGAUAGAUUGGGGGAGGAGUUGACUUUUUCUUAGGAUAGGACGUCUCUGAAAAGCCGAAGGAUCUAAACAUGCCCAGAAAUCUGCCGGCUAUAUGCAUGGCGCAUAAAAGAAGUCCAAAUCGUGGAUUGAGUGCGAAACUUCCAAUGUGAGUCACUUGCCAAGGAGUUGAGCAUUAAAGGGGAAAUGCGUGAUAUGCUGACGAGCAGCUCAUGAGAAAGAUCAAGAAUCAGGCGUUAGCUGGCAGUGGUUGAAGAGAGGCUCGAUUUGUGCUGAGCCAGGAGACUGUUCUGGAAAUUGAAUCAAAUCUAUCUUGGAAGAAAAUUGGAAAUCAAAUGAGUAACUGUGUAGUUUGGCCGAGAUGCCUAGAAUAUGUGAUUUUGUAGCAGUAAAGUGUUUCUACACAGGUCUAGUUCUGUGGUAUUCUGCUCCAUUUUGUUUUCUAUGUAGUGAAAGCUUUUGAAAGAGAGAUUAAUUUUCAGGAAGUAAAGAUUUUGUUACAUGAAUAGGUUAAAUGCACAUUUUCUAAUAAAGCAGUUCUAAGCCAAUUCAUUCCAUA